CUUCUCGUGGCAAGUAACCGCAAGGCGCAUCGAGGGAUAACAAUCAAAAUAACCAUUCUCUCAAAUCUUAUCUGAGUACAAUCAAACAUAUCCCAGAAGAACCUGCAGGUCCUCCGAGAAGAGCAGAACAGUUACUGAGCAAAAACGUCAUGGAUUGGAAUUUGCGCCGGGAAAAGUCCGGCUGCGGAGCACAAGCUAUAAUCCUACCCUCGGAGUUAAUGCGAGGCGAUCCCACAAUGAGGACCGCUAGCUACUAGCUGAGCAAUAUGACUAUUACUGAUAGUGUCUACUUCAUAGUGCCUAUAACAAACAAUCAAUUCCCACACCUCUCUCUCUCUCUCUCUCUCUCUCUCUCUCCACAACCACUAAUCCCCUCAAUUGACCCUCCAAAAUGCAAAUUCUCAUCACCGGAGCAGCCGGCUUCAUCGGCCAACUCCUCGCAAAAGAGCUCCUCAACGAUCCAUCAUACACCGUCACACUAACCGAUAUCAACGAGCCCCCAGUCCCCACAGGCGUCGCAUACCCUCAAAAUGCACGUUCAGUGACAGCAGACCUCCUGAAAGGCGCAGACGCAGUCGUGGACAAAUCCCUCGACGCCGUCUACGCCUUCCACGGAAUCAUGUCAUCCGGCUCAGAAGCCAAUUUCGAUCUAGGCAUGAGCGUCAACGUAGACGCCACCCGUAACCUGCUUGAGGCUCUCCGCCGCACCUGUCCCGGCGUGCGAGUGAUUUAUUCCUCAAGUCAGGCUGUCUACGGCCAGCCACUCCCCGAAGUAGUGAACGACAGUGUCAUCCCGACGCCGCAGUCGUCCUACGGCGCUGAGAAGAUCAUCUGUGAGACUCUCAUCAAUGAGUACACCCGUCGUGGCUUCAUCACGGGCUUUACUCUUCGGUUCCCCACUAUUUCUGUCCGGCCUGGUCGUCCGACGGCGGCUGCUUCGUCUUUUCUCUCUGGGAUGAUCCGCGAGCCGCUCGACGGCAAGGAGUGUGUCAUUCCGCUGGAGGAUAGGUCGUUCAAGUCUUGGUUAUGCUCGCCUAAGACUCUGGUUCAUAAUCUUGUUCAUACGUUAUCGUUGCCCAAGGAUGCGUUGCCUCCUCAUAUUCGACAGAUUAAUGUCCCUGGUAUUUGUGUUACUAUCCAGGAUAUGAUGGAUGCUUUGGAGAAGGUUGCAGGGAAGGAUAAGCUCGAUCUGUUGACGGAGAAGGAGGAUCCGACCCUAAGGCCAAUCUUGGAGUCUUGGCCUACUCGCUUCGAUAACUCUCAGGCUAUUUCUUUGGGUUUCAAGCGAGAUUCUUCGUUUGAGCAAGCAGUAAGAGAUUAUCAAUCGGAGAUAGGACAGCAAUGAACACUAGUGCUCCACAUUCUGUACUUUGCCCACGAUGUUGUCUUUAUGGAUGAUUAGACGUAUAGGUAGGAUUCCAUUUUCAUACAAUGAUACCAGUACAAAAAAUAUUACUACAUAACUCCCAUU